GCGCAAGAGUCCCGUCGACUCACUUAUGAAUCGACUCUGCGCGCGAGUUUUCUUUGUCGUGUGCGUACUGCUCUGCGCAAUAAACAAGCUGCGCUACUUUGAACAAGAGGUGUGUUGUUAUAUCGGACUGAUUAAAAUCCGCAUCCACGAUUGCCCGUUUUCUUUUUCUUGUGUCCGUAUAUCAUUUUCUUAAAAAAUUUGCGAUGCAAAUACGCGCGAUAAAUUAGGUUAUGUCGAGACUAGCAAAAAAACAGCAGUGGCGCUGCGGACAUAUCGUGACACGAGUAUAAUUAAAAUCAAUGUAACGUACAGUGCUUCAAGACAAGAUUCUUUUCCAGUGCGUUUUCCAACGCAUUUGUUGGACAAGAAAUGUCGAACGGAUUAACGGUGUUGCAUAAUGACAAAGACUCUAACGAAACAAACUGCAAUGUAUCCACAGUCGGUGCUAGCACUGCUGCAUCUCCUGCGGAAGGAUUGCAGGAGACUCACUUGACAGGGAUGGAGCAGCCAAAUAUCUCAAGAUCAAUCUUGAAGAGACCUGCCGAAUCAGAACCUGAAGGUACGACCAGUCCAAAGAAGCGUCACAAGAAUCCACAGCCCAAAAAUGCGGUGUGUGCCCUGAAUGAAUUGAAAACUGGUGCGGUAUACAAGGUAGUUGACCAAACUGGUCCUACACAUGCUCCAAUAUUUACGAUAGCAGUACAAAUAGAUGGACAAACUUACGAGGGCAAAGGACGUACCAAGAAAAUGGCAAAACAUGCUGCUGCUGAGCUAGCUCUCAGAAAUAUUAUACAGUUUAGAAAUACACCAGAAGUUCAUCAAGCAAUUAACACUUGUCAACCUUCUAUUCCUCUUGAACCAGAUUUUACAAGCGACGUUACGGAACGCGAUAAUCAUCUAGUAAAUGCUUUCAAAACUUUGACCCAAGAACCAAAGAGCACAAAUAAAUUUUUAGAGAAAGGGCCUGUAGCGCUUAUUAAUGAAUUAUAUCCUGGUGUAGUGUAUAAUUGCGUAUCUGACAAUGGAGAAAGUUACGCAAAAUUUACGAUAUCGAUCACAGUCGAUGGAGAAACAUUUGAGGGAACUGGACCAAGUAAAAAAUUAGCGAAAGCUGCAGCUAGUAAAGCAGCGCUAGCUAAAUUAAGGAAUGUUCAUAGUUCUUCGUUCUGUAUACCUCUUCCGGUUCGAGUAUUGCCAAACUUUCCCAGUAGCGGACAUUGGCAAGAUCAAAUGACGUUACCUCAAAUGUUAGCUGAUAAAAUUGGCAAGAUGGUAAACCAAAAAUUUAGCGAAUUAAUUCAAUCGAAGCCGCAACAUGCUCGUCGUAAAGUUUUAGCCGGCAUUGUUCAAACUAAAGGAUCGGAUGCAGAGUUAAUAUGCGUAACAACUGGUACCAAAUGUGUUUCUGGAGAGCACCUUAGUGUUAGUGGUGGUGCUUUGAAUGAUUGCCAUGCAGAAGUAGUUGCAAGGAGAUGUUUGUGCGAAUAUUUGUAUAAACAAUUGGAGCUUCAUACAGAGGAUCGUGGUGCGGAAUCUAUCUUAGAACCGGCAAAAAAGGGUUUCAAACUAAGACAAGGAAUUCAAUUUCAUUUAUAUAUAAACACUGCUCCUUGUGGAGAUGCCAGAAUUUUUUCACCUCACGAAGAAAAUGAGUCUGUCGACAAACAUCCAAAUCGAAGAGCAAGAGGUCAGUUGCGAACCAAAAUAGAAUCUGGAGAAGGUACCAUUCCUGUAAAGAGCUGCGAAGGUAUCCAAACAUGGGAUGGUGUACUUAUGGGCCAAAGACUGCUGACGAUGUCGUGUUCGGACAAAAUAGCUCGGUGGAACGUACUUGGUGUGCAAGGUGCACUUCUAAGCCACUUCAUCGAGCCAAUUUACUUCCACAGCAUCGUUCUUGGCAGUCUAUUGAACCCAAGCCAUAUGUACAGAGCGGUCUGCGGACGUAUCGAAAACACAAUUCAAGGACUACCACCACCCUAUAGACUCAGUAAACCGCUAAUGAGUCUUAUCACAUCUUCCGAAGUUAGACAACCUGGAAAAGCACCUAAUUACAGCGUUAAUUGGACAAUUGGUCAACCAGAAGCUGAGGUAAUAAACUGUACCACUGGAAAAGACGAGUCAGGUAAACCCUCUAGAAUAUCCAAGCAGGGGCUCUUCAGGAGAUUCUACAAUUUACUAGGUAAACUUGAUACUAUAGAUGACGCUGAUAAAAAUCAGUGCCGCCAUUACUUGGAUGCGAAAUCAUCCGUACAGAAUUACUCGCUUGCCAAGCAUCAAUUGAAGGAAGCUUUCGUAAAGGCACAUCUUGGGAGUUGGGUUAAAAAACCGAUCGAACAAGAUAUGUUUGAAGUCGAUAUCUGACUAAAUCAGGGUAAUAAUAAGAUCUCUGCAGAUGAUACAGUGUUUCGGUUAUCAAACUAUGUAGUUCCUACUGCAAACUAGACCGCUCGUUCAGCGUGUUAUGAUAUGGCAGAAUGUGGCAUCAGUAAAGCAUAAAUCAUAGGUUCUCACGCAUGUCUGGGACUUUGGGUUGUACGAUAUGUUCAUAUACAGAAUCGUGUUCAGAAUGUGAAGAAAAACGAGCCAUUAGUGGCUUAUCUAGUCUUCGAGCCGUCGAAGGUUUUACGAUUCGAUAGUUGCUCAGUUUAGAUAUAGGGUUAUCAUAACUUUCGAUACUUCGAAUCUUAAUCUUAAUCGUUAGUAUGAUGUCAAUUUCGACAAUUUUUAUAGACUGUUAGAUGAGUAAAAAAAUUUUCGUUUCGCAACACAAAUCAUGUUGAAAAAAGUGAAAAAUUGCGUAGGUAUUCACAAGUCGAUAAAUUUCCACGUUUUGACACAUAUCUAAAAAUUAGUUUAAUGAUUGGAAAUUCUUGUACUUAUUCUAUUUAAAAAAUGGAACAAGUAAUAACCAACAGGUAGUUAUUUGAAAACAAUCGUGUAGGGGGAAGGAAAAAUCCAAAUUGACGAAUAUUUCGGGAUUUUAUUCGUGCCUGCAGUAUUUACUAGGCUUUAGGAAUAACAGUGAUAUAACAUGCAUCAAGUUACAUCCCUAAAGGCUGUGACUACCGAGUAUAGGAUCUUCAUGCAAAUUAAGUACUCUGUUGCAAAGUUUUAACGAAAAAUGACAGGAAUCGAUUCCUUGUCGGCGUAUUCGAUUGUUUCGAGUUACAAAUAAUUAUGUUUUUUUAAUUAUCAAACUAAGUUACAUUGCGUUAAUAUUUUAUGAUACUCGUCGACAAAGAAUCGGCCCUCGACAGUUCGAUGUCGUUAUUAUUGGUUUUCAUAGGGAACAAAUGGAAGAGGAAAUGUGUGAGUAAGAAUAAUCGACAUGAAAGUAUGGAUGAAUUAUAUGAGUCAGUAGGUGAAUGAAGAAAUAUACAUUAUAUUAUUAACAGUUUUAGAGAAUCCUAAGGUCAUUGCCUCACUGUGCCAGUAUUAUACACUUACUGCUAUUCUGCCGUAAUGACACACUGCCCGGUGUCGGUCCAGUUUUGCGUGAGAAACUCGACAAAUGUACAAACUAAUCUCAUUUCAAGUAUUACAUACUAGUAUUAGAAGCAGCCAUUACGUCGAAAGGACUAUAGUUGUAUAUAGUACAACAUCGGAUGUUGUUAGUUUGAUUGUUAUCAAUUAGAUUGUUAUCAAUUUGAUUGUUAACAAGUAUUGUUUGUUAUGUACUUUCUUUUUUUUCCUGUUGCAAUUUUCUUUUCUUUUUUAUGCAACAAUUCAAAAAAUGUGUACAUGUUUGUGCCAAUAAGAACUGGAAAUCAAAUGCAAUAAUGCCAAUGAUAAGCUAAUUUAACCGAUGUUUGCUAUGUUUUCUAAAUUUUUCAUGAACAUUUAUUUAAUAUGAAAUAAUUCUUUGAGUUGAACUUCUCCAGUGUUAUCAACGAUUAAUUCUUCUUCGCGCUUAAAGUUUCAAACAAACGAAUUCUACUAUAGCCGCCUUUUUCUGCUUGCUUCUUGCCAUUUGCAUAAUACAUAUAUUACACGUGGAUCCAAUCUUUACGAGCACACAUUCAAUUUACAUAUUUACAAGUGUGUAUUGAACCUUUUGUGCAUAAUAACCAAACUAACUUAUACAGAUACUCACUUGAUCUGGGUCGGCUAUGUUGUUCUCCGUAUUACGGAAUUAUUUUACGCAUACCAAGAAAAAGAAAAGAAAUAAUACUGAGAGAAGAAGAGAGAGAAAACGCAGGUGUACACAAAAUUCGUAGUAUUAUAAAUGGCGAAGAGUCAUAAGAGAAAUAGAUCGCCGGAAAUGUGUGAUACAAGUGACGAACGUGAAGUCCACGUUGUUUAUCGUUCUUUCAUAUUACACGAAAAUCAGUAGUAAGUUUUAUGACGAACUAGUUUACAUUCAUAGGGUAGUGUUUUUAUUAAGUAGAGACUAAAGGGGUGCGCAUCGGUUUCUCUUGACUUUUCCGUAUUUUCCUCGUAUCUUUACGAAUUGCAUUACGUAUACACUUUACAUAUAUACCUAUAUAUGUAUAAUGAUAUAUUAUUAUAUUACAUCACACACGCAUAUACACACACACAAUCACAUACCGAUCGGUACCUAUAGAGAGAAAAAGAAAAAAUGAAAAAAAAAAGACACUACUUAGUGGUCAAUGAUCAAAACUCGGAGUGAGCAUAAUAGUUGUUAAUCAAUUUACUAGUCCUAUCUAGUCAAUCAUUGAUGCAAUUUUCGAUUCUUCUCCGAAUCAUACUUGGGGGAACAUAGCUUAGUAUACCGAUGAUAAUACGAACUCGUAGUCGGCUAGAAUUUAAGCUUGACUAGUGCCUCUAGAUGUAACUUUGUCCAAAAUAAGUAAUACCGAUAUAGGCAAAAGAAUAUCGAAUAAACCUUUAUUUACCAAGUACUGGGUGUUAUCUUGCGAUCAUUCCCACUAAUUCUUACUGUAUCUUGAAUAAAAAGAAACGAAAACGAACAAAAUGUUUGCUUAUUACGUCAACUUCAUAUCGCAUACCUGGAAUUUCCAACUGAUAUUGCGUCAUUUUAUGGAACUUUUAUAGAAUAUUUUGAACAAAUGGCUACAUAAAUAUUGGACAGAAAAAUUUAGCGAGUGUUCGUAAUUAACAAAAUAUUAAUUCAUUCAUCCGUUUUAAGAAACGCAUGAUAUUCGCCUCUUGCUUUACGCCUUUGAAUGCAUCCUAUUGCUUGCGCAGGUUAAGACCUCAAUUGAUUUCAAUGUGAAUAAAAUAUUAUUUAUGAAUAGCUAUAGUGGCUAGAAAAAGUAUUUGUACACUUUAUUCUUCCAGCGAAGCAUUUUCUAUUAAGUGCUAAAUUUCACUUUUACAAUGUCAAUUUUUUGCAGUCAUAUGAAAUUACUUAGUAUAUAGAAAUUAAUUAUAUAAUUAGCAUGUAAAUGCCAUGAUAAAUACAAAUAAUGAUGUACAAAUACUUUUUGUAGCCACUGUAUAUGCAUGUUACGAAUUUAUUUUACGUUUGCAAACGGGCAGGUUAGCUUAGUCAUGGAAGGAAAGCGUAAAAAAGACACGGUUCUCUUUUGUUGAAACUGUAUAUUAAUUACAUCGUUACUAUAUAUUAUAUCUUUUCUCUGUUAAUAAUCUAUUAAUGACGCUGUACCUAUCGUACAGCUAUCGUUUAUCGCGCUUCGCACAUGAAUCCCUCGACAGGCCUUUCUCAAUACGAAUACAAUGAAUUCCUCAGCUCGUCGAUGAACAGCUCGAAUUGCGAAAUGAACCGAAUUCUAUGUACGUUACUUCAGUCAUUUGAACGCGAGAACGUAUUUAAAAAAAGAAAAAAAAAAACACGAAAUGUAUGUACGAAUUGUGAUCGUAUGAUAUAACAGAAGAUAUGAUCUCAGCCCGUUUGUUCGCGAUCACGUCGUAUUCCUUUAUCGCGAAUCGUUCUCUCUCGAGAAGUAUUAGAAACGAAAGACGUGUUAUCGGUCGUUCUACCGACGAUACCAAGCGAGACGAAGUAAUCACGUGCGAAGCGGCUGUUCCUCGAAUGUUACAUCGAUUUUUCUUCAACUUAAUCGCUAUAUGAUAUGUAUCGAGUUCGCCAAAUGUUCCCUGUCAUGCACUUUUCCUAUAUCCUCCACUUUGGUUACGGUGACUAUCACGAGAUACGCGUUGGUAUGGGUGAAAAGUAUGCUCGAGCAAAGUCGCUCAAAAAAGAAAAAGGUAAAAGGUACGUCGAAAGAAGAGGAAAGAGAAGAUACGUCGUGUGAAAUAUUAAUAGAAGGUGAAAGUAAAGUUAAAAUCCACCGUAUGUUUUGUUCGAUCGCAUGACGUUGGCUACAUUAUAUUACGCAAUAUGUAGCGAUUCCUCAGACGUUCCUUGCUUUCCUGCUACUUUUUAUUCCUGCUUUUAGAAUUCUUCUCUGACAGAAAUUUCUGAUCUCUUAAUAGGUCUACGUGAUAGGAAGACUUGGAGUUAAAUGUCAUUAAAAAAGUGUUCUGCCCGGUUGGUAACGACACGCAAUAUUGCUUGUUGCGAAUCGUACGAUUAUUAUUAGAGAGCUAGUUGUCGAAGAACGCGAAACAAAUAAUUGAUAACUUCAUUUAUUUCGAGCACGCCUUUCACCGGAUGCCGUGUAACAAAUCUAACAGGCUUGACAGCGAUUUUUCUUAAAUCUACGAAAGCAAACUAUAAAUGGGACGCCAGAAGCAUUCGUUUACGCAAUGUCCAACAAAGUAUCGUAUUCAAAUUAUUAGAAAAUCACAUGCAUCGGGAGUGUGACCGACCAAUUGCAAGCGCUAGAUCUCUAUCCAAUCUACUAUCAUUCGAUAUUUGUCUUUCGAUGAUUAAUUAGAUAAGUGAUCUCAUUGUGUAUCGUGCACGUGUGCAUGUUAGUCGCGAGACAAUGAGGUUCGAUCCACGUUGUUCGCUGUCUUAUUACGUCCAUCGGACAUUCUGAUGGAAACUGCGUUUACAACAUCAGCUACUACAUUAUGAUUAUCCGUUUCGUGCUUACGGGCGCUGUUGGCCUAAUUCUAUUCGAUUUCGGUGGAAGGUGUCCUCGAAAACCGGUGUUCAUACAGGGGAACAAUGAGAAAACGAAACACCCCUGUGACACGUGUUCAUUCUGACGCACACACAUACGAUUAAUAAUAAUGUAACCGUACCGACUACGUAACAAUACUGAGCUAAAAAGCACUCUGAUACGUACAACGCUAUGCCUUAGUGUUUAAAUUUCAUUUAAGGUAAUGUAGGUACAACAUUACGUCUAGCUUGUGCCUCGGGAAACGAGAUUCCGCUUGGUUCAGGCUAUUCGCACACUUAGCCGAACCAAAUCGAACAAAAAUACCCCA